CCAUGCGCAAAUGGAUCCAGAGGAGGGCCGUGCUGUGUAGGCUGUAGUCUACAUAAGAUCUCUGCCUGCGGGGCUGCACACGCACUGCCGACUGGAAAUCACAGUGAGCAGCUAGAGCCUUGACCCGCAUGUGUCUUUCGCUGAUUGUAUUAGGAAAAAAAAUAAUCCAGCAUAGUCUGACGGGUACCUUGGGAUCUCUCCAACAACCCCCUCCCUCCUCCUUACUGACCAUCUCGGACCACGGAUGCAGAGAGCAGCAGCGAUGCGGUGGCUCUGCUGUUAACUCAUUGGACCCUCUUCCCUCUGUUUUUGCCGGUUUUAUCUAAAGGAGGCAGAAUAAACCAAUAAUGAAGCUCAAACCGAACCAGACCAGGACAUACGAUGGCGAGGGCUUCAAGAAACGAGCAGCAUGUCUGUGCUUCAAGAAUGAACGUGAAGAAGAGGUUUUGCUGGUCAGCAGCAGUCGGCACCCGGAGCAGUGGAUCGUCCCCGGAGGUGGGAUGGAGCCAGAGGAGGAGCCAUGCGGUGCAGCCGUGCGAGAGGUGUUUGAGGAGGCCGGUGUAAAGGGCAAGCUAGGACGUCUGCUUGGCGUGUUUGAGCAAAACCAGGAUCGGAAGCACCGGACAUAUGUGUAUGUGUUGACUGUCACAGAAACACUAGAGGCCUGGGAAGACUCCGUCAACAUCGGCCGUAAGCGGGAGUGGUUCACCGUGGACGAGGCCAUCAAAGUGCUGCAGAGCCACAAACCUGUCCACGCCGAGUACCUGCGGAGGCUCCAGCUCAGCUGCUCCCCAACCAACGGAAACUCAAUCCUCCCGAGCCCUCCGCCAAACGACAACUACCCCCAUUACAGCGCUACCGCCACCACACCCUCGACGGGCAACGUGUUGGGCUCCUCGUGCAGAUAGGACUGCAACUAAACCUCGUGUCCUGUCAAGCUUGGACAGUUCACUGAAAGUCUGUACAGUCUUGCAUGAAUCAAAUGACUUUUCAGAGACAUGGCUCUCCUGUAUGUAUCAUUUCUAGUCUUAGCUCCAGGACAGACCAAAGCCAUCACCAGAACUGUUUAAAAGACUUGUGUGACAGAGCAGCAGAAGUCUCUGACAGGAAAACCUCAGAUAUCUCAAGAACAUUUUUCUUUUGCUGGCAAACACCAGACCGAUGAGCUGAAGCUUGGGAAGAGGAAGCUGCAGACUCAGCUGGAGUGAAUGACCUGGUGAAGGAACGCCUUACAGUAACUUUGUAUGAAUGUUGUAUUUGGGUCGUCAGUCAUUUUUUAUUUUAUUUUUAGCAGAAUGGAUAUGCUUUCUAGUCAAUAAAAGAGUAAUUGACCCCAAAGCACAUCCACGUGGGGAAUGUUUCCAGACAUAAUAAUGUCUUUCACUAGUCAUCAACCCAUGAUGACAGCAGCACAUGUCAUAUUCUACUACAUGGAUCUCAUUUUUAAAAAGACACCUGAGCAUUGAUAUGUUUCAAGGAUCUCCCCUGUUGCAUUUUCAUGUUAAGUGGGAUUUUCUUUGCACCAUGUAAUCAUCGAUGAUUGACAUUAGUCUAAACUUUAAGUAACUUGGCUUAUAAAGACAACGCCAGCCCCAACAUCUCCUUUCAAGAAAUGGAUGAUUGUGUUAAAAUAGAAGUAACUAAAGUGACAAUAUUUUACAUAAUUAAUAAAAACAAGAGAACAAAAUGAAAUUGAAAAGGCCAUGCCAGAAAUGGCUUGUUUUCCUAAAUGGCAGGGUCAAAGGUCAAAGACGUACUAUCUCACAUGACUGCACCAGCUGUCAGUGAGUUGACCCCUCCGUUAACAGGAUCUGAGUCAUGUCGCCGUGUUCGAUAUCCUUUGACACAACGCUGCUGUGUUCAUGGUUUCACUUUGACGUUCCUACUCCACUAACCUUGACUGAUCCAACAAACUGGUCUGUUGAAUGUUUAAAGCCACAUACCUUUGUUACAGUUUCCCACGUUGUCAAAGUGAACGUUGUUAAUGGUGUAAAGGACAUCUUUGCCUUACGUAUUACGUGCUGCUAGGGUCAAUUGAGUUUAUUUCAACUCUCUGGUAAUUAAAAAAGUGGAUUUUCUUUAAAUGAAAAUGAAUCAUUGUUGACUGCUCUCAAAAUAACGUUUAGCAGUUUUAUCAUGUCUCAUGGUGCUGCAGGGCAGUUUGAUAGAAACUGACCACCAAAUGACAUCAUUUCCAUGUACGAGUUGAUUGUUUUUCCCAUCACCUACUUGUAACCAAGAUUACAUGCGCCUUGGGCUGCAACUUACAAUUAAUUUCACUCUGGAUUCAUCUGCCGAUUAUUUUCUUGAUUCAUCUAUUAAUAGUUUGGUCUAUGAAAUGUCAUUUGUGAAAAAUGCCCAUCACAGCUUUGACUGGUUAAAAAUAAAAAAAAAAUAAAGUGA